AGAACAUGCCUUCGACUUCAAGGACUACAGGUACGAUGAGAUGUAAUAAACAACCCAUUGAAAUACAUUAUGAAUACCUUUAUCUGUACCUUUACAGCAUCGGCUUAUUAUUGGACAGCCUGCAAGAAGCCGAAGAUCAAAGACGAACGAUAAACGGUGCCCACGUAGAGAUAAUCGAUCGAUCGUUAGAAAUACACGAAACUCGACUAACAGAUGCCGACACACUCUUCUAUGGAAAUGUAAAAACGGCGUUAGCCGAUAAAACCUUUCAGUUUGAAAAUAUCAAUUAUUAUCGAAAUAAGAAAGAAACUGCUUUACGAAAAAUUAACUUGUUCUUAAAUCAUCGAGAUGAAAAUGCAUCGAAUGUCGCGAGAAGUACUGCCAUUAGUAAAAUCAACACAUUCGUGGAAGAUAGAGAAAACGAAAAAAGGGUAGUUACAACGCAACUUCAAAAAAGAUUAGAGAAUCUAUGGAACGAUUUGCGAAAUGUUUUUUCUGAUUAUCGUAAAAGUACAGAAGAUCGACGAAAAGGUUACGAGAUCGUCAGAAAAAAGGAUCAGAUCGAUCAACAAAUGAUAACUCGACAAAAUAUGCGUAUCGCGAUUCUUCUCGACGAGAUCAUGAAAUUUCGUAGCAAGAUUAAUUCUUACAAGAUAGAAUCUAUAAUUGAACUACAAGAAAUGACAAAAGAAUCAAAUUUCUUUCAUAAUGCCUAUCGAGAGACGAACGAACGUUUUAUCUUUGGUUGCAGGAAAGAUAAACAUAAAACAAUGACGAUGUCUAAGGAAUAUAAUAACAGUGUGAAAUACAUAAAAAGUUUGAUGAUCAAAGCUGAACGUAUACUCGCUUAUAUGCAAAUGUGUCGAAAAUACGAGACACAAGAUGAAAAAGUACUUCCAAUGAUUGAUGAUCAUCCUAUGCAAUUACCAACAACCGAUAAUAAUAUACUUCCACUUCAAACAUCUAUGAAAGACUUUCAAUAUCUCAUUAAUUUUUGGCGUCGACUAAAUUUUGCGCAAAUAAUCACCAACGAAUUACGUACAGAAAAAUGCCGGUUACUGAUACAAGCAAACUAUUUACGAAAAUUGAUGAAAUGCUACCUUAUUGAUGAGACAAGUCCGAUGCAGUUCGAAGCAUAUGUUUCGACAAAUCAAUGAAUAGUACACAUAACAAAGGUCUACUAAAAAUCGGUUUAUUAUCAUCAAGUACAAGUGUGAUGGUACUCAUAUACCAUUGAAAAUGACGUGAUUAUAUCAAUUUCUUCUCAGAGGUAUUCUCACGUACUUACAUGAGAUCAUAAAAGUUAGAUCAUAAUAAAGAAUCAAAAAUGCAGUAAUAUGAACAACUUGUGUAAGAAUUUCAAAUUUCUUAUGCAUUCCUAUAACAAGCAUACAGUGUACCGAUAAACAUGAGACGUGUAGAGUACAGCUUGCUUUUAAUAAAUAGAAUUGUUCAUAGCUGCAAUAAUUCAUUAUAAUCACAAAUCUAACUUAUUUCGCAUAUGAUUACGAUGAAAAAUAUAUAUGCAUAUUGCUUAUCGGUAGUACGAAACCGAUCGUAGUUUACACUACACAA